CCGGAGCAAUUUACUACCAUUUUUAGCUCUUCAAAAUCCAAGUAAAUUCUAUUAUGUCCGGAUUCUUUUGAGCCUUUUUUUUUUCAGGCCAAAAAAUUUAGCAAUAAGGAGAGAUGGCGGCACAAAAGAGAAUCAAAGCAAUAUUAGAGAGGCUGUUUCCGGAAUCUCCGACCACCGCCACCACCAAAUCCAAGCCUAAUAAUAGCGAUAAUAAUCAUCUAUAUAAUAACGGCUCCUCUGCUUCCACCACCACCAGGAGGUUGUCUACUUUCAAGUCCAUGAUUUGGUUUGCUAAACCACAGACAUGUAUUGCCAGCCUUCAUGCCAAGAGCUCAGGAUGGAGAGGCUCACUAAAAUUUUCCUCUAUGGUAUUGAAAAGUUCAUUAAACUGCCGGCGGACUUUAAGGGGAACAGAAGAUGGAAACACAGAAAGCAUGUGCAGUCCCAAACGAUGGACCCCAAUACUCUGCCAGGGGAGCUAGGUGAAAUUUUUAAAACCUGGAGGGGUCUCAGUGCAAGUGUCAGAAACCUCAGGGGAGGCUUCCCUUUCCCUCGCUCUAGGAGUAGAUAUAACCGCCACCGCCACCGCCGCCGCCGCCUCCUCCUCCUCCUCUAUCCUGGGAAGUCUACCCAGCCAAAAAAGGUCCAAAUUUCCUCUGAGAUAUAAGAUAAACCUUUUAUCUAGUGGCUUCCAUCCUAAUGGAGACUGAUGCAGAUGCAAAACAAAGCUCUUUGGUUUUGAUCAAGCAAGGUGCAGAGGCUGUAAGUGAAAAAAAAUUUCCACUUUUUAUUCUAUUUGAUAAAAAAUAAGCGACCACUAAGAUUGGCAUCCUCAACAUUGUAUUCCUCCUCGAUAACCUACAUGCUUCUUUCAUCUAACGAUUAAAAAAGGAAAAAAAAAA